UCGCUGUGAGGAGCUUGCCGCGAACGGACUAUCGCUGUGAGGAGCUUGGCGAAACAUAUAAACAGUGACGGAGAAGGAAGAAGUGUGGAGGAACGCGGGUUAGGCGUUUAUAUCCUGAUGACGGUGAAUGAAACCGCUGACUUUGGAGGAGUACUACCGUCAAACGAACUUCACGUUUAUAACUACACAGAAAACGACGAAAAUGGGACAUUCUCUCUGUAAACUUGCAACACUCGGGUGGAAGAAAGAUAUGAAAAUUAUUAUAUUUGGUCUUGAUGCUGCUGGAAAAACAACCAUUCUGUACGUCCUAACGCAAGGAGAAGUGGUGACAACCAUUCCUACAAUUGGUUUUAAUGUGGAGCAUUUUACACAUAAGAAUAUCAGAAUAGUGGCGUGGGAUGUUGGCGGAAGGGACAAAGCUCGGAGCUUGUACCGACACUACUUCCCUGGAGCAUCAGCACUCAUGUUUGUCAUAGACAGCACUGAUCAGGAUAGGCUUGAAGAGAUGACUGAUGAGGUGAAGAGAUUGGUGAUGGACCCAGAGCUGGGAGAGGCUGUGAUUCUGCUCCUGGCCAACAAGCAGGACAUGGGCUCGGCCAUGAGUGUGGAGGAGAUCAAGGAAAAAAUGAACUACAACAAAUUAUGUGAGCAAAGACCUUCUGGGAAAAAAAUGAACAUAUUUGGAUGUUCAGCAGUGACGCCUGAGGGUCAAGGUGACUUGCUUAAGGCACUGGAUUGGCUGAGUGAAGAAUUGGUGCCGAAGUCUGGCUACUGGUUCCAGUCCUGGUAUUCAUCUGAAACUGGGAAAACGAAGGACAAAACUAAUAAGGCUCCAUCCCAGGAAGGCUCAGAUAGUGACAAGAAACCCUGGACAUUCUCAUCUUAUGUGAAGGGGACGAUUACAACUUUCAAAAGCUUGCUGCCAAGAUUGUGGUAGAACUUCAUAUGAUAAAGAACUUUCUGUGAUAUGACUCUGGGGAUUCCAGUUUAGAAUUGAAACCUACGCUGGUCGUAAGAAGUGAUUAAAUGGACUGAUUGCUCAGGCUCGCUGACUUGAUUGAUAGCGUGUCAGUGUGUCCCCGAUGGUGUGGAUUGUUUCUCAUCAUAUCAAUUACGGGUUUGUCUGGCCCAGACCACUUACGUUAUUGUUCUGCAAGUCGGGUUGAGUGAUGGAGGAAGCAUGUGCAAACUAUGGUUUAAGGAAUAAGAUUUUGUGAUGUAUAUUUUAUGUGCAUUUCAGUUACUUUUACUUUCAUCAAUAGUGAUACGUAAACAUCAAUUGGCCAACCUUGCUCCUUUCCUGAACGGCAAAGAAAGGUCUCUUUUCAGCAGAGUGACCUAAACAUCACUGGACAUAGCUUAUUAAUGUUUAUUUGCAUGCCCUCAAGCAAGACAUAUACGUUUGUCAUACACCUUUUCGUGUAUUAGAGCUAUGCCAGUAGAAGCCGGAGCACCGGUCAAAUUCUGAAAGUAGGCCUAAUAUACUUCAUUGCACCGUUUCCUUGCUGUAUCCAACUGUGAUAUUGUUUGUUGUUUAUCAUGUUUAUGGAUACAAUUGUAUUUGGAUAUUGAUUGAACAUUUGUUACUGUUGUUGAAUAUCAUAUUUUAUAUCAGGGUGUUUUAUGACAUGACAACUAUAACCAUGUAAUAAAAGAAUAUAUUUUA